UCUCUCUCUCUCAUAUCAAUAUCCGUCUCCAUCGGUCUCUUGCUUUAGCAGAGAAGGAAGCAAGGAAAGGAGCAGGUAGAUUCAUCCACCUGUGCGUGCAAUUAUCUCUGUCACGAUAAAUUCGGCCACCACCUCUGCUUCAGCAAACAAAUAAUAAUAAUAAUAAUAAUAAUAAUAAUAAUUCAUUAUUAUAUAUAACUAUACAUAUACCCACACCUGUAUAUUAUAUACAGUAUCCGUUUAUAUAUAUAUAUAUAUAUAUGUGCGUGUAAAUGAGAAAUUGAGGGAUAAUCUUUUAUUAUAAAAUUGGGUUGGAUAUUGUGUUGAGUUGCGGUGGAGAUUUUGCUUCGGCUGGCGGUUACGGCUUCCCUGUUUGAUCAAGUAUAUUAGGGUUUCUGGUGCUGAAUUGUUGCUGCUUUCUCUGUUUGAGGCUGUGAUUGGGUGUUCUUGCUGGGGAGUUAGAAGCUGAGGCUGCUCAAUUUUUCCGGGUUCGAGCUCUAUCUGCGUAUUUGCAGAUUCGGAUUGGUUCUGUGAUUGUGGGAUCUUGUGUGGGAUUGGCAAAUGAGAAGACUAUAAUGAGGGGGCUUGGCUGGGAGGUUGUCGAUGGGCACCCCCGACAACAAACUAUCCGAGCUAGUUGACGUAGUGAAGUCCUGGAUCCCUCGGAGGGCCGAGCCGGUGAAGUUUUCCCGGGACUUUUGGAUGCCCGAUCAGAGCUGUCGGGUUUGCUACGAGUGUGACUCCCAGUUCACCGUCUUCAACCGCCGCCACCACUGCCGCCUCUGUGGUCGUGUCUUUUGUGCCAAGUGCACGGUGAACUCGAUCCCCGCCACCUUCGAUGACCAGCGGACUACUGGUCGAGACGACUGGGAGAGAAUCAGAGUUUGUAACUACUGCUUCAAGCAAUGGGAGCAAGGGGUAGCGACUGGGGAUGAUAAUGGGUGUCCAUCUGAAAGCACCACCCUUGCCCUCCCUCUCAGUCCCUCACCCUCCGCGACAAGCUUGGCAAGCAGCAAAUCGGGCUGCACCUGUAACAGCAGCUGCAGUACUAUUGGGUCGACUCCUUACUCAACUGGGCCUUAUCAGCGCGUGCCGUAUAUAUCCAGUCCUAGCAACGAGCAAUUCAUGGAGAUGGAUCCAUCUCUAGUUGAGCUCGAUGAUGUCCCUUCCGAGAGGCAAUUUGCCGAAACAGGGGAUCCCUCUUCCACCCAGUACACCUUUUGUAUGAACAGGAGUGAUGAUGAAGAUGAUGACUAUGCUGGCUAUCGCUCGGACUCUGAAGGUGCUAGGCACUAUGGUAAUGUCAGUGUUGAUGAGACUGGCGGUGUCUACUACGGACCGCAUGAAAAUUAUCGUGAUGGAAGUAAAGCUGAAGCCAAAGGCACGGGUUGCUCUUCAUUGAUUGAAAACUUUAGUACCCAAGGAAUGGAAAGCAAGGAUGAUGGUAAUCAAGUGGCUGAAUCAAAGCCUGAACUCAUCCAUGAAGCUUCUGCACAAGAAUUGGAGGGAACAGAUUAUGAACCUGUGGACUAUGAGAACAAUAGACUACUUUGGCUCCCACCAGAGCCAGAGGAUGAAGAGGAUGAACGAGAAGCUGUUCUAUUGGACGAUGAUGAUUGUGAAGGUGCCACUGGGGAGUGGGGGUACCUACGCCCUUCAAACAGCUUUGGCAGUGGGGAGUACCGUAACAGGGACAAGUCCAUUGAGGAACAUAGGAAAGCUAUGAAAAAUGUUGUGGAAGGCCAUUUUAGAGCUCUGAUUGCCCAGCUUUUGCUGGUUGAGAAUCUGCCUGUCGGUGGUGAAGAUGGGAAGGAAAGUUGGUUGGACAUAAUUGCAUCCCUCUCUUGGGAAGCCGCUACGAUUCUUAAGCCUGAUAUGAGCAAAGGUGGAGGAAUGGAUCCUGGUGGCUAUGUGAAGGUGAAGUGCAUAGCCUCUGGGCAUCGGAGUGAGAGCAAGGUGGUCAAAGGAGUUGUCUGCAAGAAAAAUGUGGCUCAUAGGCGUAUGACAUCCAAAAUAGACAAACCGCGUUUUCUAAUUCUUGGUGGAGCUUUGGAAUAUCAACGAGUUUCAAAUCAUUUGUCAAGCUUUGACACAUUACUGCAGCAGGAAAUGGACCACUUGAAGAUGGCAGUUGCAAAGAUUGAUGCACAUCACCCCAACGUUGUAUUGGUUGAGAAGUCUGUAUCGCGUUAUGCACAAGAAUACAUCCUGGCAAAAGAUAUAUCACUGGUUUUGAAUAUCAAGAGGCCACUCUUAGAACGUAUAGCUCGCUGCACUGGGGCGCAGAUAGUACCUUCGAUUGAUCAUCUCACGACGCCAAAAUUAGGGUACUGUGAUUCGUUCUAUGUGGAUAAGUUUGGUGAAGAGCACGGUAGUGCUGGUCAAGGUGGAAAAAAAUUGACCAAGACAUUGAUGUUUUUUGAUGGUUGCCCAAAGCCAUUUGGCUGCACGGUUUUGUUGAAAGGUGCUAACGGGGAUGAACUGAAGAAAGUGAAACAUGUGGUUCAGUAUGGAGUUUUUGCAGCUUAUCACCUGGCUCUGGAGACAUCUUUUCUGGCGGAUGAAGGUGCUUCACUCCCUGAGCUCCCUUUAAAGUCUCCCAUAACUGUCGCUCUCCCUGAUAAGCCCUCAAGUAUCGAAAGAUCAAUCUCCACAAUACCCGGUUUUCCCAUUACCCCUUCCGGGAAGCCUCCUAAUGUACAAACAGAGACUGAAGUGCAGAAUCCCAACAAAGCUAUGACGUUGAAUGGGCUCCUGUCUGAGAAUUUGCCCCCCUCUGCCAAAUCAAGUCCUUGCUCCUGGAGUAUGAAUGAGGAAUCUGCCUCGAGAUUGACUAGUUUUGCCGCUCAGUUAAUGUCUUAUCCUCUUGGGCAGGACAAAGUGGGCAUUGGCAAUGAGUUCCCACUCCCCGAGGAGAACAAGUCCGUGGGUGCGGGGGACUUUGCUCUGAUGUCGUCUGGCUCUUUUGAUGAUUUAGCAGGAAUUAAUGUGAUGUCUCAUCCAUUUGGCUCUACAGAGACAAUGAGAAAAAAUGUGACCAACGGUCAUGCUGAAGGAAAUGAUUUAUCCCUAGAUUACCGAAAUAAUUUGGGACUUGCAGCUGCAAAUGAAGAUGGCAAUAUUAUCACUCAGGACAUGGUCUCUUCGAAAGAAGAGUUUCCUCCAUCGUCUUCUGAUCAUCAGAGCAUUCUGGUUUCACUAUCCACUCGGUGCGUGUGGAAGGGAACCGUUUGCGAGCGGGCCCACCUCUUUCGUAUCAAAUACUAUGGGAGCUUUGAUAAGCCUUUGGGACGGUACCUGCAGGACCAUUUAUUUGACCAGAAUUACCGCUGUCGUUCAUGUGAACUGCCAUCAGAAGCUCAUGUCCAUUGUUACACUCACCGGCAAGGAAGUCUCACGAUUUCGGUGCAGAAGCUUCCGGAAUUUCUCUUACCGGGAGAACGGGAAGGGAAAAUAUGGAUGUGGCACAGGUGUUUAAGGUGUCCGAGAAAAAAUGGAUUUCCUCCAGCAACUAGAAGAGUAGUAAUGUCUGAUGCUGCUUGGGGCUUAUCUUUCGGGAAAUUCCUAGAACUGAGCUUUUCCAAUCAUGCUGCUGCAAGCAGAGUUGCUAGCUGUGGUCAUUCACUUCAUAGGGAUUGUCUUCGUUUCUAUGGCUUUGGAAGAAUGGUUGCCUGCUUCCGCUAUGCUGCAAUUGACGUUCAUUCGGUUUACCUUCCGCCCCCGAAACUCGAAUUCCACUGUGACAAUCAAGAUUGGAUAGAGAAAGAAGUAAACGAGUUGCGUAACCGAGCAGUACAGGCGUUUAAUGAAGUGCACAGUGCUCUUCUGAGGAUUCGGGAGAAAUUAUUUGGUGCUGGGCGGAAGGAUGAUAGCAUUAAAGCAUUGGAUCGAGGAGGUCGUUUGGAAGAAUUGGAGAAUAAGUUACUAAAGGAGAGAGAAGAAUUUGAGGAAUCUUUACAGAAAAUUCUGCCUAGAGAACUGAAAGCAAGCCAACCUGCUGUAGACAUCCUGGAGAUAAACAAAUUGCGGAGACAGCUGCUGCUUCUUUCUUACAUAUGGGACCAGCACCUAAUCCAAGCCUCAAGUUCAUUGUCAAAGAACAGGAGUGUCCACCAUGGUACAGGAGGUGCUGCUACAAAACCGAAAGAGAAAGCUAUGAGUGCCCCUGAGAAGCCCAUAGAGACGAAAUUCCAUUCAAAUUCUUCUAAAGGCUUUGGUAGUUAUGAUUCGCUCCUUUUGGAGAAGAAACCUGAUUCAAACAGGAGCCAAGUUGGAAAUGAUAGCAGCAAUGGUUGUAACAUAUGUGGAGCAGACGAGGACCUGAAUAAUGGAAAGACUACUGAGCCUUUACUCUCUGCAAGCCCAAACAUCAACAUAUCUGAACCUUUUGAGUCAGGAGUUCGGAGAGCAUUCUCGGAGGGAGAGUUCCAUAAAACUGCGAGUUUAUCAGACACCUUCAACACUGCGUGGACCGGAGAAAAUGCUACAUCAGAUGAGAAGAGCAAUUUGGCAAAUUCAGCUGCAGAAAAGUCGGAUCCAGAGGUUUGCAGUACUGAGCAAACUGGAAAGGAAGUUGUACGUCCUGCAGCACUACUAUUUCCCAAGGUGACUGAAAAUGUGAACUUGGUUAACUUUGCAACAGUAAGUAUGCCGAAGCCCGGUAUCGCCGACUAUAAUCCGACAUAUGUACAGUUAUUUUGGGAAUCAGAAAGGCAUAGUGGGGCACGAUCAUUUCUGCCUGUUGGUUUAAAUGAUACAAUCAUCCCAGUCUUCGACGAUGAGCCGACAAGCAUUAUAGCCUAUGCGCUCAUUUCCCCAGAGUACCAAGCUCAGAUGUCUGAACCUGAGAAGCCUAGGGAUGUUCUGAGUACCCCGCUUUUUGAUUCCAUGAGCCUGCUCUCAUUCAAUUCGCUGGAGGAGGCAACCUGGGACACCAGGAGUUUUGGCUCAACCGAUGAGAGCAUCCUGUCACUAUCGGGGAUCAGGAGCAGCUCUCAUUCUCAGGCAGACCUGCUGUCCUCCACGAGGGACUUGCAUGCAAGAGUAUCUUUCUCAGAUGAAGGAAAGGUGAAGUAUUCAGUGACCUGUUAUUAUGAUAAACAGUUUGAGGCUUUACGAAGGAUCUGUUGCCCGUCGGAGAUGGAUUAUGUGCGGUCACUCAGCCGAUGCAAAAAGUGGGGGGCGCAGGGAGGGAAGAGCAAUGUGUUCUUUGCAAAGACAUUGGAUGAUCGGUUCAUUAUUAAGCAAGUUACGAAGACGGAGCUGGAAUCAUUCAUCAAGUUUGCCCCAGCUUAUUUCAAGUACUUGUCUGAGUCAAUCAGUUCAGGGAGCCCCACUUGCCUUGCAAAGAUACUGGGCAUCUAUCAGGUUUCAUCGAAGCACCUUAAAGGAGGGAAAGAAUCGAAAAUGGAUGUCCUGGUGAUGGAGAACCUUCUCUUCAGGAGAAACAUCUCGCGGCUUUACGACCUCAAGGGAUCUUCUCGGUCAAGAUACAACCCUGAUACGAGCGGGAGCAACAAAGUCCUGCUGGAUCAGAAUCUGAUUGAAGCAAUGCCAACUUCUCCGAUAUUCGUUGGUAACAAAGCCAAGAGGUUGCUCGAGCGAGCCGUGUGGAAUGACACAGCUUUCCUUGCAUCGAUCGACGUGAUGGACUACUCUUUGCUUGUGGGCGUUGAUGAGGAAAGGCACGAACUGGUCCUUGGGAUCAUCGACUUCAUGAGGCAAUACACAUGGGACAAGCACCUUGAGACCUGGGUCAAGACCGCGGGCAUCCUUGGUGGGUCUAAGAACACAUCCCCGACGGUGAUCUCGCCUCAGAUGUACAAGAAGAGGUUCAGGAAGGCUAUGACUGCCUACUUUGUCAUGGUCCCCGACCAGUGGUCCCCACCAAUGAUCAUCCCGAGCCGAUCCCAGACGGACCUAUGUAAUGAAAACUGCCAAGGUGGGAAUGUUGCAGAUUGAGUCUGUUUGACAGCCAUCGACCUUCCGAUAGGCUUCACUCCUCAAGAGUCUUAUAGCUAGUGUCCUCUCCAUUUUUUUUACCACCACCACCACCACCACCACCACCACCAACAAAAUGUAUAAUUCGUUCCGUCCUGCAGUAAUUGUUUUUACAUGGCUGCUUCGUCGGGAUGAUCUGUUGUAGGUGUACAUGUAACAUUCGUAUAUUCAUUUAAGCCAAGUAGUGAAAGGUGCAUAAUGUCGAUAUUUGUGCCGCAAGACCUUAAAUCCACCAAAGAGAAUGGACAACGUUAACGGUUGUAAUUGUCAGACGAUGUGUUAAUAGCAGCUGAUCUUUGCCAA